UGAAGUUCGGCAACUUCAGUUGCCAACUCUGGGAUGAGUACGAGGAACUCACCUCCCGAGCGCUCACAGUUUAGGGCGAGAGGCUUUACAUCUGUACAUGUACAUGCAUGUAAGUCUGAGAAUAGAAUGAACCUCAGGAACUUGGCCUGCGAAAUGGCCCAUUUAUCAGAGACUUCUCCCGACUCGCCUGUCAUUUGGGAUUACUGAGUUGUGCCUGGAUGAGAUUUUUCGCCCAUCCUAUACAGCAUAGUAUCCCUGCCUAUAAAACUUGAAUUCGACGUCCAGCCUGCUGAUAACGGGGGCCGAGAUGAUCCUUCGACAUAAUAUCCUUCUUUUCGGAGCUAUUUCGUUUAUUCUACACGACUCAAACUAUCCAUUACUCUUCAUGGGUGAAGUAACGGGCUUUUACAGAUCCCUACUCAUACAGACCAAGGGCCUGAGAAUUUCUUCAACGUGACAUUGCUGUUGCAUUCAAGACUUAGCGUGCAAAAUUUCGCCCACGCCAGUAUGGGGAGCUGGCGGGUGGAUAUACUAUAAGUACCCCCGACUGAUGAUGGCUACCUCAAUGGGAGUUGAAAGUCAAAUCACCUUGAUCCCACCUUGCUUUCAUCAAUAUCAACAAUUCAACAACUUCCGGUAACAUGUUUUUCACAGUUGUCCUCAAAUAUGCUGCCCUUCUCAUGACUACCAGUGCCGCUUCACUGCCGGCUACCAUCCCUGGAUUCGAGGCUGGGAUCCGCACUGUCUGCUUCGAUGAGACUCCCAACCUACAUUGCUACUCAGGAGGGAACGACAUCCCUCAGAAUGUCGACCCAGCAGACGUUAGCUUCAUCGCAAGCUAUCUGCGCGCCUACGGCCGGCAGACUAGAAUUGGUAGAUUGUUCACCAUGAAGGCGGCCGACGCGUCUGACUGUGGAGAAUGGGCUCUGUAUGCACGUGGCACAGCGGCAGCCUACGCCAAAAAGAUCAACAUGACAUAUGACUCCUCAGUCCUCUUUUCUGAUAUUGCAGACACAAUCGACGGUGGCAAGAAGUCAGAGGCUGACAGCAUCCUCAAGUGUCAAGCGGAUGGUGGCUCUUUCGGUACACAGAUUGCAGAUGUAGCUGCUCCAGCAUAUGUGACCCCAGAAUAUGUUGAGGCAGGUUUCAAGCCUGAUGGCAUUCUCAUAAAGAUUGUAUCAAACAAAGAGCUUUAGUGGGAUUUCUCUUAUAUCGAUGUGUGGGAGUAAAAACUUUGCUCAGGUUGCUUGAAUGGGUGGCUUCGAUUGGAAUUAGCACUCUAGGUGUCAAAGACAUUUAUCUCAUUGAUGAAGAUUUAAGUUACGAUCAUAUUUAGCUCCAUAGAGUGGUGAAAAUUCAUUGAUAAGUUUUGGGACGGUGGACGCAAGAUUGUAAAAUCGAUUGGUUAGAAUCCUCAUCUG